AUGGACGACCUGUCUGCCGUAUUCGAGACUAGGAACGAAUAUGCCAACAGCGAAAUAGCAACCACCUCGUCAUACACCCCCAUAAUAUAUGUGCCAACCACUCUGUCUGCGGCAGAAUACUCCGACAUUGCUGGGGCAACUAACGACUCAACCCACUACAAACACGUUUUUUCUGCCCCAAGCCCCAGCCUUGUCAUCCUCGACCCCCAGCUUGCUGCCUCUACAACACCGGCAUCGAUAUGGCUGAGCACCGGGAUGCGAGCAGUGGACCACUGCAUAGAGACUUUCUGCGCCUCGAAAGGAAUAACCGAGCCAUCAGAUUCACUAGCGUUAAAAGGUCUGGGUAAUUUAGUCCCUGGUCUGCUACGGUGCGCUCGCGAUGGAGAUGGCAAGGGUCUCGAUGCGCGACUGAGUUGUCAGCUUGGUUCUGUGGAUGCGAUGGCGGCUUGCUCUAGUACGGGCGUUGAGAUGGGCGCGAGUCAUGGAAUUGGCCAUCAGCUCGGCCCCCUGGGUGUUGGCCAUGGCGAUACAAGUUGUAUCCUUUUGCCCGCCGUGUGUCUUCCACGGUCCUUGAGUGAGGUUGGCGUGAGCCAAUAUCAGCUGGAUGAAUUGGAAUUGGCUGCGAAUAGCUUACGCGAUCGGUGGUGUGCGACGAAUCCAGUGCCGCUGGUUCACAAGAAGCAGGUUUUGGAGAUUUUGAACAUGGUUAUUUGA